GACGCAGCUCGUUGGAGUCUGGGAGCCUCCGCAGCCGUCGCAGCUCCAUGGAGAAAGGCAGCCGUCGCAGCUCCAUGGAGAAAGGCAGCCGUCGCAGCUCCAUGGAGAAAGGGAGCCGUCGCAGCUCCAUGGAGAAAGCGAGCCGUCGCAGCUCCAUGGAGAGUGGGCUCAUCACGCAAAGUGAGAGGAGCAAUCGAAGAGGCUCCACGGAGAGCAGCCGAGGACCAGAGAGCCGAGCACAGCGCGCCACAAAUUUGCGGACCUCCCGGCUCUCUGCAGACAGCCGGAGAAGCUCAGCAGAAAGCUACUCGAUGGGCAUCGAUGAUGAUUUGGAAGGCAGUCAGCUGCCAGUGCACAUUCCCACGACCUUCCUCCCGCUGUCGGAGGAGUCGGAGGAGUCGGGGCUUUUUGGAUCGGAGGAGUCGGGGCUUUUUGGAUCGGAGGGUGGAGACUCGGUCCAGUCCAAUGUCUUCGAGCAGAUUGAGAAGUUCAAAAUGGAGAGGAAGCAGGUGCGUACCCCCACGGGCGAUCAGCGAGAUCGCUUGCGCUCGGCGGGCCUGGCAUUCAAAAGUGAAGACGAGGUCUUCUCUUAUCAUGUGGGCCCUAUGAGAAGACCAAAAGAGAAAGAUGAGGUGAAGGAGGUGGAAGAGGCUUGGUCCCAGCCCGAACCGCCGGAGACUCCGCCGACCCCGAAGAAGAAGGGCCGCAGGAAGCAUCGCCGUAUAUCCGCGCAACAACGCUCAAGCGCAGGCAAUUUCUUCAGAUCCCUGGUGGGUUCCAAAGAGGAGUUGACGGUGGUGAAGGAACUGUCGAUCAAUUCGCAACAAUCUUCCAUCUCCAAAGCCUCGCGUCGCACUGGCAGCCUCUCACCCAGAUCUCCUCGAUUGUUCCGUCGUACGAGUCGCGGAUCGUUGUCUUCCGGGAACUCAGGCAGAAGUCGAGGGAGCCGAAAGAGCAGCAAGGGAAGCAAGAAGGGGUUCUUCCAACGCCUGCUACAGCGCAGACGCCCGAGCGUGGAGGAGCCCGAGAGAUACGACCCGGCAGCCUAUCAGCUGGCUGCCAUGCGCGAACAGCAGAUGUUGUCCAAAGGAGGCCCUGCCAGC